UACCUCGUUUCCACAAAGAGGCUCACUUGAUCAGAAGGGGUUAGAAUCUGUUUGUUUGCAAAUACUCGACGGUUCUUUAUGCAGGACUCUCCAGUCAGGUGUAAGCAAGAUUUACCUCAAACUCGCCUUAAAAGAUUUCAUUGUGGAAAACGAGGAACGCGAGGUUGGAAAUAAGUUCAAGUUGACACCGUUCACAGCAUGAGUCCCAGUAUCGCACAAUAUCGGUGUUAACCACCAUUGAUCAGAGUCGUUAGCAGUAGAAGAGGACGGGGAGAGACAAUCCAAUUUCCAGUGAUUGCGUCUUACGCCGUGGGAUAUCAAUUUUAAUACAUGGCAGUACUUCUGUUUAUAUAUGCAACGCACAGAUUUCUUCAACAGGCAAUAACUUUGGAUAAGUUAUUUCACUUAAAAGUGAAAACAACAGUUUGACGUUAUUUUUGGUAUCACCGAGGUUAUUGAAAAGCAGGCUCACAGGUUGCAUGAAAACUGGGAGAUGCCACUGUCACAAGUGAACCAUUGCCUGGGGCGGGCCGUUCUUCUGCACAUGUUGAGCCUUCUCUUAUUAGAGUGUAGAGUAUGCGAGGGGACAGUCGAUGCCAAAAGACUUUACAGAGAUUUACUUGAAAAAAGAGGCUACAAUAAACUGAUUCGUCCUGUCAGUGACAAUAAUAACAACCUCACAGUCAAACUGGGCCUUCGACUGACACAGCUUAUCGAUGUGGAUGAGAAGAAUCAGAUUAUGACCACAAAUGUUUGGCUUACACACGAGUGGGAAGACCUCAGUUUACGCUGGGAUCCCAAAGAUUACGGCAAUAUUGAUGUCCUAUAUGUUCCUGCAGAACAACUAUGGAAACCCGACGUGGUGCUGUAUAAUAACGCGGACGGAAAUUAUGAGGUGACUUUGUUGACGAAAGCCACUGUGUACCCAACUGGGAGAGUGGAAUGGGAGCCACCAGCUAUAUACAAGAGUGCUUGCCCGAUAAAUGUCGAAUUUUUCCCAUUUGAUGAGCAGACCUGCACUAUGAAGUUUGGGUCAUGGACAUACGAUGGCCUGCAAGUGGACUUAAAACACAUAUGUGAGCUCGAUGGUCAUCGUGAAGAGUUUUCCACUGGGUACGGAAUAGACCUCAAAGACUACUCUCGCAGCGUGGAAUGGGACCUCUUAGACGUUCCAGCCAAGCGAAAGGCAAAAUACUACAAUUCCAAACCCGAGCCCCACCCUUUUAUUACUUUUAAUGUCACUCUGCGUAGAAAAACUCUUUUCUACACUGUUAAUCUGAUAAUCCCCUGUGUGGCUAUUUCUUUCCUUACUGUUUUGACGUUCUACCUCCCAUCAGACAGCGGCGAGAAGAUUACUUUGUGUAUCUCCAUUCUGCUUUCACUCACUGUGUUUUUCUUGCUAUUGGCCGACCUGAUUCCACCGACGUCACUAGUUGUUCCACUCAUCGGCAAGUAUCUGCUCUUCACUAUGAUCUUGGUGUCGCUGUCAAUUAUCGUGACGGUCGUAGUGCUGAAUGUCCACUUCCGAAGUCCAUCUACCCACGUGAUGUCACCUUGGGUUAAGAAGGUUUUCCUCCAGAUUCUACCGAGACUGCUGAUGAUGCGGCGACCCACGCCGGAAGGGGAAAAGACGCCAAAGGUGAUGGUGCGGACUUGCAAUGGUGUAGAAGUACGGGAAAUCUUCGGCGACAGGCGCCACAGUCGAGAAGAAAGUCUCCUUCGUGGACAAGAUGACAGAAAUUCCGUUUUGAAGAACAGAAAGUAUUCUUCAGAGGUCCGGAGGGCGCUGGAGGGAGUUGCAUUCAUCUCAGACCAUUUGAAAAGCGAAGAUCUUGAAGAUAUGGUAAAAGAAGAUUGGCGCUAUGUGGCAAUGGUGCUGGACAGGCUUUUUCUUUGGAUAUUCACAACGGCGUGUUUAGUUGGAACUCUUGGUAUUAUUCUACAAGCCCCCACGCUCUACGACGACAGAAUGCCACUCCAAACCUCAAAACUUGAACUGUGCCGCGUAUGACAAGUCACACUGUUUUACAAGCCACUACGCAUGGACUGACUGACUAUCAGUGGACUCCUAGAAGAAUGCUGCGGCUGUUGUUAACUGUAUGAUAUAAAGGCUAAAUUUGUGUAAUAAACUCUAGGAAGGAGUGGACAAUGACGUCAUUAACGCUAUUCCUUUAAUGAUUUGCCAAAACAGAACAGAUUGACCGUUGAGAUAGUUAGAAGUGACAUAGAUUGAUGCUGAGCAUCAAUAAGUACACGUUCGCGUAUAUCAUACAAGUACAUUAAUGAAGGCCUACCAUCACAAAAAAUGGCCAAACGACAAAUCGUGGCCGAGGUUUGAAGCCUUAAUCAUGGCAUAAAUUGAUUUUUAGAUGAUAUAAAACCUAUUUGUAAAAUAAAUAAAUAAAUAAGUAAAUGAAUAAAUAAA